UUAGUUAAAAAGAAGGAUGACACCUUCAGAUUCGUGACUGACUUUCGAGCUCUCAAUAGCGUCACAAUCAAACAGACUUACGUUAUUCCAACCAUUUCUGAUAUCGUUGAUCUAGCUUCUGGAGCUAGGUACUUUUCAAAUUUUGAUCUCGUUUCCGGAUUUUUCCAAAUUCCGUUGAGAGCCAGUGACCGACCACUCACUGCAUUUACCACUCCUACAGGCACAUACCAAUACUGUAGAAUGCCUAUGGGACUUUGUGGUGCACCGCAUACAUUCCAAACCGCGGUCAGACAUCUCCAAUCGUUAUGUCAAUGUAAACUCUUCGUCUACUUAGACGACUUACUAGUUAUUUCUGAAUCCGCUGAACAGCAUCUUGAAGAUGUUUGUGAACUCUUACAAAACAUAAUUAAACUCGGCAUGAAAAUUAAGUUAAAGAAAUGUACAUUCGCUGCUAGCGAAGUAAAAUUUUUAGGAUUAAUAGUAGGUCGAGAAGGUAUAAAACCAGAUCCUUCCAAAGUAGAAACCAUAAAACAAUUCCCCAUACCCCGUACUACCACAGCAGUACGUGGAUUUCUCGGUAUGGUCGGUUUCUUUCGCAAGUUUAUACGCGAUUUUGCACACAUCGCUAGUCCACUUUAUGAUCUUACGAAACAAGAUCAAGAUUUUAUUUGGGCAGAAAAAGAACAAAAAGCAUUCCAAACAUUGAAAAAUCACCUACUCCAAGCCCCUGUUUUGAAACCACCCAAAACAAACCAUACGUUCAUAGUUGAGAGCGAUGGGAGUAACAUUGCCAUCGG